ACCACCCUCAGUGGCCUUCGGGUCGGCCUGGAAAGAAGUCUGACCCCCUCCUGGGAAUCCGUGGUCCCGAAGCGCACGCCGCUCAUGGUGAGGGACUUACCAAGGCCGUCGUCGGACGAGCCGGACGAGCGCAGGUCCGUGUGGGAUUUGGCUCGGAGCGGCAUUUUCUUCCCCGGAGUGAGGGCUUGGCUUUUUAUGAUGGCUGGGUCAUCACCUGAGAUUCAUUCAAUAUUCAUCAUCAGGUAACAAGAGAAUACUUGGGACACCAGAGAACUUGAACUGUCCUCGUUGUAAAAGCGUCAUUAACCCCAAAGGCAUUGCUUUGAAUUCACACUUAAACUUUAUUACAAUCGUUUGUUUUUUUUUGGACAAUGCAAUGACCGAUUAAUCGGUCAAUUAAUUUUAAACAAUGUCUAGUGAAUCACUUCUUUUUGGUCCAAACAAUAAAAAUAUGAAUUACCUACAUUUGACUUUAACGAUACUUUUUCAUCUCGUAUAUAAUGUCACAACAGAGAGAAAAAUCGACCAGAAAAAAUCAAAUGUCUUGCGUAACAUCAACCGAUUAAUCGUUCAAGCCUCAGUCAUAUUGUUGGCAUUAUCACCAGAACGAUGCUUUUAAAAAGCUUCUGUGAGAAAAGUAUUUUGGUAGUCCUCCCAGAUGAACUUAAAGUGAAAGGAGCCCGGGAACAUUCCGCCGGUAAUUCCAGUUUUCCCAACAGACCUCUGGCGCUGACCAGGCACAAAAAUACCAGGAAAGAAAAAUAAAUUCCUGAUUUGGAAACACCGACUUUAUCAUCAUACUUUGAUGAUGUGCUUGAGCCGGAAACGAGUUUAAAACCAAAUUUGUGACAAUGUGUGAAACACAGCAAGACGGUUAGCCGUGGAGGUCCUGUCGGUUAUCUAGUUAAAGGGGCCAUGCUGCAGAUUUGACCUUCACUUCCCUUUUCCUCUCGUUAUCUGUCGGGUUCGCUACGUUGGAUUUUUUUUUGCCCGCCCCGUUGUCUUUUGUGUUCUGCCGCGAUACAACAUGGUGGUAGCGGUGACCGGUUCCUACAUGUUGACUUGCUUAUUGACGCUGACGCUCACCUCGGCGCUCCUCAAAGUCUCCAAAGGUCAGAGCGCCGCUGGGGUUUUCCUGCUUAUUGAAGGUGGAGGUUACACCUUCAACUUUACGGCUGGGCUCGCCGCUUGUCACUCGCGUCACGCCGCCAUGGCGACCGUUGCAAACAUGGAGGAGGCACUGCGACAUGGACUGCAGACCUGCAAGUUUGGCUGGGUGACGGAACAGGUGGCCGUCAUCCCGCGACUUACAGCGAGCGAUAAGUGCGGAAAGGGCAAAACGGGAUUGAUCAGGUGGAACGCCGGGACGGAUCAGGCUUUCGCCGUCUUCUGCUUCACUGCGACAGCCACCACACCAACGUCCAACUCUUCCACAACAUCAGCACCUUCACCAACUACAACGUCCCACCUAGUCCCUAUCUCCAGCACCACCUCUCCAUCUCUUACCCACCAUCCCUCCUCCUCCUCGGCCUCUUCAGCCCAUGCUCUUCCUUAUCAUGUCAUCACUUCAUGGCCCACUUCCUCUUCCUCCCGCUCAUCCUUCACCUCGACUCCGACUCAUGCUUCCAAUCAGCAAACCCAGAGACCCGUCAAGGCCCCCUUGAGAGUUGUUUGGAUGGUGUUCAUUGUCCUCGGCAUAGUAUUCCUAAUGGUAACAGUGGCCGGGGUGUCGUGUUACUACUACAAACUGAAAAGUGGGUCCUGUAGGUCCCAGGUCCUGCAGGGGGAUGAUGUGGAGGCAGAGAUGUGGAAGCCCACAGACAGCCGCAUCAACCUUCACAGAGCACACAAUGACGAUGUGGAGGAGGAGGAUGAAGACGAGGAGCAAAGCAAUACAAGGUUUUCCAGUGAUAUCAUGUUAUGUGUCAACCCACAAAUGAGAAACAUCACAGUGUCAUAAACAUAUUAGGAAUCAGUUUUAAUUCAGUCAGUCUUAAUAAAAAAAACAAUCAUUUUAUUUGAAAAGAAAGAUAAGCUCAUGAUUUUCUAAUGAAUAAAUAAUUCCAAAUGUA